UCAUUUCCCUCCUUUCACAUACGCUCUUUCUCACUCUUUCGCUGCCAAAUUCAUAAUAAAUUCACGACAUACGUUACGCAUUCUUUUUAAUUACUAGUGUUUUUUUUGCAUCGUUUCAAUAUAACUUUAAUUCAGCGGAUAGGGAAAUCUUUUAACGAUCGAAUUUGAUCAAGACAAUUGAAUAUCAGGUUUGGUCUCGGAAUUGCGCAGUGAUUUGUGUUGUAGUGAAGUUCGUGCUCAUCUCGAAAAGAAAUUCAAAUUUUUUUCAUUUCACCGCAGGUACAAUUUACUCAGGAUGUCUGAUCACCUCGGCAAUCAGCCUUGGAGUAAGGAAACAACUUGUGGUUUCCUUCAAUCCGAGCUCCAGAAAAUAUGGGAUGAAAUUGGAGAGUCUGAUAAUGAAAGGGACAAAAUGCUUUUUGAACUUGAACAAGAGUGUCUAGAUGCAUAUAGAAGAAAAGUGGAUCAGGCAAGCUGCUACCAAGCUCAGCUGCGGCAAGCAGUUGCCGACGCGCAAGCAGAAGUUGCAGACAUUUGUGCUUCACUGAGGGAACAACCAGUUCACAUAAAGCAGAUUUCUGGGAGUUUGAAAGAAAAGCUUCAGGCAAUUAUUCCUCGACUAGAAGAGAUGAAAAAUAAGAAGAAUGAGAGGAAGAGUCAAAUUGCCGAGGUUCAGCAACAAAUUAAUAGCAUCUCAAAGGAGCUCUACAGAUCCACUGAAGAGAACCUCUACACUAUGUUCAUUGAGGAGAGUGAUUUGUCAUUAAGAAGAUUAGAAGAAUUAAAACAUCAAUUACUUUCGCUGCAAAAAGAGAAGCGUGAGCGCGUGAAGCAAGUUCUUGACCAGUUGAAUACUCUAAACUCAUUAUGUAUGGUUCUUGGGAUGGACUUCAAAUUAACAGUUCACGAGAUUCAUCCAACUUUGGACGAUGCAUAUAGCACAAAAAGUAUAAGUGCAGACACAAUCGAGAUUUUGUCUCUCACAAUCAGUAGGCUUAAAGAUGUCAAGAUACAGCGCAUGCAGAGGCUUGAAGAUCUUGCAACCACCAUGGUGGAGCUUUGGAGCUUGAUGGAUAUCCCAGUUGAGGAGCAACAAACGUUCCAAAAUGUGACACAAAAAAUAGCUGCUUCAGAAAAUGAAAUAACUCAGCCCAACACACUGUCUAUGGACUUUAUUAAUAAUGCUGAGGCAGAAGUUUUGAGACUGCAACAAAUGAAAUCAAUUAAAAUGAAGGAAGUUCUCUUGAAAAAGAGGUUGGUUUUAGAGGAAAUCUGCAAGGCUGCACACAUGGUACUUGAAGAGCAAUGUGCUGUAGACUUUUCUACUGAAGCAAUUGAGUCUGGGAAAAUUAGUCCAACAGAUCUACUGGACCAAAUGGAACUUCAUAUUGCUAAAGUUAAAGAGGAAGCUUUUUCUAGAAAAGAGAUAAUUGAAAAGGUUCAAAAAUGGUUAGCUGCCUGCGAGGAGGAAUGCUGGCUGGAGGAUUAUAACAGGGAUGGAAAUCGCUAUAACAGUGGAAGAGGUGCACAUCUCAUGCUAAAGCGUGCAGAAAAAGCUCGUGCCCUUGUGAACAAAAUUCCAGCAAUGCUGGAGACAUUGAAAUCAAAAGCAAAUGCCUGGGAGGAAGAAAGAGGAAUCGAGUUCUCCUAUGAUGGUGUUGGCCUUCUAUUCAUGGUUGAGCAGUAUUGUGCACUAAAUCAGGAGAAAGAACAAGAACGCCAAAGGCAGAGGGACCAGAAGAAACUUCAGGGACAGUUGAUGGCAGAGAAGGAAGUGCUUUUUGGGUCGAAACCGAGUCCGUCAACUAGUGGGAACAAAAAUUUUAGACCUUCAACUGGAAAUGUCACUAGUAAGAGAUUUUCAUUAGGAGGGGCUGUCCUUCAAAACUCAUAUCCAGUGAAAACCUCUCUCCCAUCUGGUUCUCUUCUGAAGAUUAACUCUGGGAAGCAUCCCAGUUUACACAGCCAUCAGCAAAGUCGACAUUAUGCUUGUUCUUCAGGCAAGAAAAACAUGUCAAAUGUGCCGGUAAAGCAGCACUCCUCUACUGAAUCAUUGCUGAUUCGGAAACCUCUGUCUCCCAUAUCGUCCUCAUUGUCAUCCAAUAUCGAGUCCAUGAACAUUCAGGGUCAGAAUAGAGAACUCGGGAAGAUGCAAAGUGUUUGCAAAAGUCCAGUGGCAACUCCAAUGACAAAAUUUUCUGUUUUUGACGAGAACAAAACCCCAAGGGUUAUGCCAAUUCCAAUGCCCGCAACUCCUCCAACAGUGUCGACUUCCACACAAGCAGAUAUGAUGGCUGCGACUCUUUGCGUUCAGGGUACUCAAGAUGUGAAUCAUUCUUAAGAGAAGUUGUUUUGUCUUCCUAAAAUUACCGUUGAUAUGACUUUCACUAGUUUUAUCUAUUAGCAUAGCAAUAAGACUCGUUUUCAGAGUUUGUGGACUUCCAUUUUACUUGGCCAUCCUGGUUUGAUCACAGCUAAUGAUUUUUGGCUUCUGGA